GAUCUAGAGGUGUCAGGAGAGCGUAUCGAUGUGGCCAAACACCUGGGCAACCUGAAGUGCAGGGUGUGGGAGAAGAUGCAGGGGAUUGUUCAGUACAACAUGCAGCCUGAAACAGAGGAGCUCAGCGCCCCCCCAAAAGAGCUCUAUGAGACCGUUCCAGUGGCAGCCCGCGCCUACAGAGAACUCCCCCCGGUGCCAGGGAGUGCUCAGCAUCCUGGGUACAGACGGGCCUGCAGCAGUGACAAUAAAAAGAAGAAGCCCACCCUGCUCCAGCUCAUUCGCACCCGGGUACAAGGAAACCAAAAGACAGACAAGCAGGCCAAGGAGGACAACGAUGACCAGAACAUCUGCGCCAGGGCGAUAUACGACUACCAGACAGCGGAUGAUACAGAGCUCUCCUUUGAUACCGGUGACAUCAUCACGGGCAUUUCGAUGAUUAACGAGGGCUGGUGGCAGGGCUACAGCUCAGAUGGGAGCUAUGGAAUGUUCCCGGCCAAUCACGUGGAGCUUGUCUAAGCCCCGCCCCCGCCCACUCACUGCUUCCUCAUGUCAGAACCGGGCUGCUCCAACUAGGACUUCAACCACCGACGCAGGGGACCAGCUGUAACUCGGAAAACGGGCCAACUAUAGUGAAGAGCGAACCCAUGUCCUAGAAAUCGUGUUUCUCCUAGAAAGGGGUGCAUGUGGGGGGGGGCUUGUGGUGUACAAUGUGUGCUAUGUAAAAAAGUUGUGUAAGUCGCUCUGGAUAAGAGCGUCUGCUAAAUGCCUGUAAUGUAAUGUGUACGUGCUGGUGACAGCGUACAUUUCAAAAAUACGCUGCGGUGAUUUACUAAAGACCACAGUAUACUGAAAUCUUCAUUGUGCCUAAGUGGUGGGGACACUGAUAGGGGGGUGGGGGGGGGGGGGUGUGAUCU